UUCAAGAUGAAAGAAUGAAUUGAAAACUAUUGGAAAUAUUAUGAAACAAGGAAUACCUAUAUUGAUAUGUUGCAUAGUUCAUUUAACUCUUGGAGGAUAUUUUUUGUUAAUAGCAGUUCGUGGAGGUCCACCACAAGUGAUUGUAUUUGCAGCAACAGCAGCAUUUUUGUAUUUACAACUGAUGAUUGGGGAUGCAGUAUUAUUGCCAGAACGUGGCUUUAAUAUGUGUAUAGUUGCACUUGGAACCCUUUCUAUAUUUAUAGGAAUUAUUUUCUGGGGAUGGCUGUUUUUUUCUGGUAAUGGUAUAGCAGCAGUAAAUGCAGCAUGUGUAUUUUUUCCUGAGAAAAGAUGUAAACCACGCUGGUCGAAGGAGUUUGCAGGAUUUAUGGGUUUAACUUUGUGGACCAUUAGUGCAAUUUCUCAAGUUUUUUUGUAUUUUUAUUUUAUAUAUAAUCGUUCUCCCAAACGGUCUAAAAAAUUGCAAAAAUCAAAAUCACAUAAUGUUUUAGAUUUUAGUUCUAUGUCUUAUGCGAGUCAUGGUACUCCAAGUUUGACAUGUAUGUCAAUAUCGUCUACAGAUAAUGAUAAAAUGAUAUAUCCAAUGACUGCUAUAUCUCCUAUUUAUGAAAGAAAAAUUUCUGAUAAGGCAUGGAUGCUUAAAUUCUAUGAAAGAUCUUUAAAAGAUCAGUCAAAUAUUACAAAGAAUUCUCAAUUUUGUAAAGAUUUGAAAACACAGAAAAAUCAUGGCUUUUCAUCUUCUCGAAAACUUCGCUCUAUUCGUCGCCGGAAAAAUUUUGGUCAUCGUCAUUUUCCUUUAUAUACAACAUGGCAUGCUCCUUUUUGUCAGACUAGAUAUCCUUAUUUUUCUAAAAAAACCCCUUCGUUUCUGAAUAUGAAGAUUCCUUUAAUGAAUUUACAUUCAUCAAAAAAUAGAGAAACAAUUGUUGAAGGACCUGAUUGGAAUACCUGGGACUUUUCCAAUUUUGAUAUGUCUAUGUACUCGAAUUCUUUUUCACAAGAAGCUAUUAGUCUGAAUGAUAAUAUUUAUAACAAUGAGUCUUUGUCUGCACUCGAUACACUUCAUGAAAGUUUCGAUACUCAAAUGACACAAAGUAGUUGUUUUAGGAGAUUUUUCGAGAAGAACUUAAACAAUAUGAGUCUCAACAAUUCUACAAGAUAAUCUAUAUGGUAAUGUAAUUUAUAAAUAAUUUGUAUAUUAGUUUCAAUAACUUGGAUGAUGUUUGUAUCAUUAAUUUGUAAGAAUAAUUUUUAAUA